GUGCUUUGUAAGUGCGCGCCACGCUCAAUAUGAUGAAGCUGCUGCUUUUGCUAUCGUUGAUUGUUCUGGUCUCGGGAGACGAGGCUUUCGUCGCCGAAAGAACAGCCGUGGGCAAUGACGUAUCCUCGCAAGAGACUGCUCAACCGAGCGUCGGGGAGAUCAUAGGAGAGAAGAAGUUAGGAAAGAGAAGCUACGCUUCGCUUCCCCUGGCUUACUCACCCUACGCAGGCACAUCCUACGUAGGCGCUUACACACCCGUGUUGCCGUGGUAUCGAUCGGGUGGAUUGAGUAGCUACGGAUUGAGUAGCUACGGAUUGAGUAGCUACCGUUCCGGCUUGCCGCUACGAUCUUUGGGCUGGCCGUCGCUGUACGAUGGUUUGCACGGUGGUUUGCACGGUGGUUUGUACGGUGGUUUGUACGGUGGUUUGUACGAUGGUUGGAACAAAGGGUGGUAAAUUUCAAGGAUUAAGCGUGCGAUUGUUGUUAAGAAGGUACGCGUCUCACAUCGGUUUUUUGGCGCUCUCGAUAAUUCAUCAGUGUCAUAGUUUGCUUUGUCAUGAUUCAUAAUAUUCAUCGAAUUGUUUCUUGUGAAUGUAUUUGGGCAAGCGAUGCGAGACAAGGCACAUUUACGUUUAUUUUUAGGCUCACAGAUUCCAUAAUAAUUGUUUGCAGACGUUGUGGAAUUUUUUUAUCCAUUCCUUAUCACUCUUUCACGAUUAGUUAUUAUCAUGUAUUAUCGAUUGACUGAUGUAUCGUUGCGUGUGAAUUAUAAGAUGACAUAAUACUCGAUCGUGGCGAUCAUUCAUACAAUUAAACAUGUGGAAGCAAUUCGAUUAAAUAAAUAUUUUGUAUAUA